UCAAGCGCGCCCCCUGUCUGAAUAAACUGAGAGAAUGUGUGUGUGUGUUAGAGAAAGAGAGAGAGAGAGAGAGAGAGAGAAAGAAAAUGAAUAAGGCUGAGCACUAGCAUCAGUACAGCGGUAAGCCUCGACACGUCAGUGUGCUCGCUGUGUUUCGGAGCUCCAGUACACACGAGCCGACUCCGACACUCCUCUGUAAAGCGACUCGGAUCUCCUUCGCCGUUCAGAGUGACGCUGCGCCUGCAAACCGAGACUCUCCUUUUUCGUUAUUUGUUUGUUUGUUUUUUCCUCCAGCUGUCUUGAAUGUUACACUGAAAAAUGGCGAUUUCCGCUCAGUCCUCAAGUCUGUUCUGGCUGUUGUCGGUGCAGACGGUGUUGAUUCUGUGUGUGUCCUGGCCCGGAACGGCGACGCUCCGCUUCCCGCAGCACUACACGAUGAUGCACUGGGCGAGCCGUAUAGAGAAGGAACUGGAUAAAGUUCUACCACAGGUCACAGGAGUCCACCAGAUGAAAGCAAUUUACAACGAGAAGAGGAGUCAGUUUGACGUGAAGAGGAACUCGCCCAAAGACCUGGUGGACAGAGUGGCUAAAGACAUCGCCAAGCUGCUCAACAGCAAACGCAAAGCGCUCGAGAGGCUGGCCAGAGAGGCGGAGCAGAUCCAGACAUUGCACCCCUGGAGGGACAACAUCACAGAGAGUGCAAUAGAGUACUACGACUCCAAGGCUGAAUCUGAUUACUCUGAAGACAGUAACGAAGAUAUCCAGUCGGAUAACCUGAAGUCCAUUUCACUGGAAUUUGUGGAUGACCCCAAUUUCAAAAACAAAGUCAACUACUCCUACACUGCCGUACAGAUCCCAACUGACAUCUACAAGGGCUCUCCCACCAUUCUGAACGAGCUGAACUGGACGCAGGCGCUGGAGCGGGUCUUUAUAGAUAACAGCAGAGAGGACCCCUCACUGCGCUGGCAGGUCUUCGGAAGUGCCACCGGUGUUACCAGAUACUACCCAGCUACGCCAUGGAGAGCACCUAACAAGAUUGACCUGUACGAUGUGAGGAGACGGCCUUGGUACAUUCAGGGUGCCUCUUCUCCUAAAGAUAUGGUCAUCAUUGUGGAUGUGAGCGGCAGUGUAAGUGGACUGACUUUGAAGUUGAUGAAGACCUCUGUGAUUGAGAUGCUGGACACACUGUCUGAUGAUGAUUAUGUAAAUGUAGCACAGUUUAACGAAAAGGCAGACGCUGUUGUCUCGUGCUUCAAGACGCUGGUCCAAGCUAAUGUGAGAAACAAAAAGAUCUUCAAAGACAAGGUGAUGCACAUGCAAGCCAAGGGGACGACGGACUACAAAUCCGGCUUUCAGUUUGCCUUCGAGCAGCUGCUAAAUGAGACCAGCGCUCCAAGGGCAAACUGCAAUAAGAUGAUAAUGAUGUUCACUGAUGGAGGAGAGGAUCGAGCUCAAGAGGUCUUCGAGAAGUACAACUGGCCCAAUAAAACAGUUCGUGUUUUCACCUUCUCCGUGGGGCAGCAUAACUACGAUGUCACGCCACUACAGUGGAUUGCUUGUGCCAACAAAGGAUACUACUUUGAGAUCCCAUCCAUUGGAGCAAUCAGAAUCAACACACAGGAGUAUCUAGAUGUUCUGGGAAGGCCGAUGGUGUUAGCAGGCAACCGAGCUAAGCAAGUUCAGUGGACCAAUGUGUACCAGGAUGCUCUGGGCUUGGGUUUGGUCAUUACUGGGACGAUGCCGGUCUUCAAUCUUACUACUGAUGGGGACUCAAAGAAUCAGCUUAUUCUGGGAGUCAUGGGUGUAGAUGUUGCACUUAGUGAAAUUAAGCAGCUCACGCCACGGUAUAAACUUGGAGCCAACGGUUACACCUUUGCCAUAGACCCCAAUGGCUAUGUUCUGCUGCACCCAAACUUACAACCUAAGAUCAUUAAUUUCAGAGAACCAGUUACACUUGACUUCCUGGAUGCAGAGCUGCCAGACAACAACAAGGAGGAGAUCCGUCGACAGAUGAUUGACGGCAAGCCAGGUCAGAAGAAAAUCAAGACAUUAGUUAAAUCUGUUGACAAGCGUUACAUUGACCAGGUCACUAGGACUUACAUCUGGACACCAGUAGAUGGCACAGACUACAGUCUGGGUUUGGUGCUGCCUACAUACAGCGAGAACCACAUCAGGGCCAACCUCAGUGAUCAGAUCCUGCAAGUCCAGUAUUUUGAAUCUCUGCUGCCACACACUUUUGAGUCAGAGGGACAUGUGUUGAUAGCCCCAAGGGAAUACUGCAAAGAGCUGGAGCUUUCUAGCAACAACACGGAGUUCCUGCACAACUUCAUCGCUCUGAUGGAGAAAGUCACUCCAGACUCCAAACAAUGUGACAACUUCCUGCUGCAUAACCUGAUCCUGGACACGGGCAUUAUUAGACAGCUGGUGGAGAAAGUGUGGAAAACAAAGGACCUCAACACGUAUGGAUUUUUGGCCGUCUUUGCAGCUACAGACGGAGGCAUCACUCGUAUUUUUCCCAAUAAAGCUGCUGAGACGUGGGAGGAGGAUCCAGAGCCAUUUAAUGCCAGUUACUAUCGCCGCAGUCUGGACAACAAGGGCUACAUCUUUAGAGCACCGUAUCGUACCCCAGCCGCAGCAAAUGCAAUCUUCCAAGAUCAAGAGAAUGACACAAUUGGCAUCCUGGUCAGUACAGCAGUGGACAUUACCGUGGGGUCCAGAAACAUCAAGCCGGCUGUUGUGGGUGUAAAGUUGGACCUUGAAGCUUGGACUUCAAAGUUUAAGAUCCUUGCCAGCAACCACACCGAUAACACUCGACAGGGUUCUCAAAUGUGUGGACUGACCAGUGGCUGCGAGAUGGACUGUGAGGCCCAUGAGGACUUGCUGUGUUACCUGAUCGACGACGGUGGUUUCCUCAUCAUGUCCAAUCAGAUUCAGGACUGGAACAAGAUCGGCAUGUUCUUCAGUGAGGUGGACCCAGCUCUCAUGUAUGCGCUUUACAACAAUUCCUUCUACAACUACAAGGAGUCUUAUGACUUCCAGUCUGUGUGUGGACCUGUGCCUAACAGUAACACAGGAGCAGGACCUAGAGGAGUAUUUGUGCCCACCAUUGCGGAUCUGGUAAACGUUGCCUGGUGGACCUCGGCAGCUGCAUGGUCUCUGUUUCAGCAGUUACUUUAUGGUUUUGCCUACCAUAGCUGGUUCAUUACAGACGAAGCUGAUGCAGCAGAGAGCACGGACACCAGAGAGACUAGCUGUGUUACAGUACAGAAGCAGUUCUACUUUGGGAACAUCAGCAGUGCCUACAGCUUAGUGCAAGACUGUGGGAACUGCUCCAGGUUGAUCCAUGCCAAGAGAUUAGACAACACCAACUUGCUAUUUGUGGUGACCGAGAACCUGUUCUGCAACUCAUGUGACAUAGAGAAACUGUCUCAGGGUGAGAAAGAAUUCAAACAAGAAGACCCGUGUCUGGACUUGCCACCAGCUCGGUACAGAAAAGGACCCUCUACUUGUUUCGAUUUCAACAUUGCAGAGAACACUACAGAUUGUGGCCGAGGACACUCCUUCCGCCCAUCUAUCCAUACUUUACUCCUCCUCCAGCUCCUUGUUCUCUAUCUAAUGGCCUGCCCCCAUGUUUUGCCUUUCUCUCUUUAACUCCCUGAAACACCCACCUCCCUUUCCUCGCCCUAAUUCCAUAUAUCUCCUUAUCCUUCCCUCGCUCUAGUCAUAGGUAUUAAAGGGACUUCCUGUUGCCCCCAUAUGGAAGCCUGGCAUACUGCAUCAUCCACUUUGCUUCACAGAUUGUUGCUUAGUGACCAGCGCAGAACUUGUCAAUCAGCAGCUUUUCUGGGAGGAGCCCGGAGUUUCCUUAAGGGGGAAGCAGCUGGAGAAGUCAAAAUGUUGAAACGCAAUCAUUUUAGCAUUAUAAAGGCCACGGCAGGAGAAAAACAACACCCCCGACUCCACUCCCCCACUUCCCCUGCAGUACAACCUGCCUUUACAGAUGUUUGUGUAGGAAAUGCAUUUUAUCUGAUGCUCUUCUUUACAGUUUAAGCCAUCCUCCUCACUCUCCUCUUCAUCCUUUGACUCGAAUUGCCUAAUUUGACAUGUUGCUACAGAACUUUCUGCCAUUUUCUAGCAAUCAGUAACAAGAUCAGAGAACUUGGUUCCGUUAACAAAAACAACAGUAAGAAUACCCUAUGAGUAUUUAAAGCAUACCUCCAUAGGUUAGGAUAUAACCAGAGCGGAAAGACGAUAGAUAGUAACGUAUUUCAAAAAAAAUAUUUAUCAUUUUAAAAAAAUAUAUGCACUAGACCUAAUUCUUGCCAAAAUGAGAUAGACGUGUGGUGUGGUCUUAUUUUUUUAGCCAAAUGAGGAGGAAGAGGAGGAGAAAAAAAGAGGGUGGAAAUGACGCGCAGAAAGAAUGCAAGACCUCAUGUAGAGAUCAGGCCUGGAUUUCAGUUCGUCUCUCUCUUUUUUUUUUUUUUUUGCUGUUAUUUCAUUAGUCAUAAGGGCUUCAGUAAGCAUAUCAUUCUGUCUGUCUGGUCAGGAUACACAGAGGAACUAAGAAGCGGUUUGAAUCAAAUGUGGAACUGCCGUGUUGUAAAUGUCCAGUGUUUAGAAAUGAAUUGGAACUGCCAUCAUCAGCGUGCAUUCUGUGUAGUUGUGUGUUUACAGGGUAGCCAUUUUACACCGAUGUUGGUUUCUUUUUGUUUGUUUGUUUUUUACAGCAGUCGAUAUUUCUGUUAGACUGGUUGACCUGGCUUGACCUGAAUCUGUUGGUGAAUAUUAAAAACAAUGAAAAUAUGGUUUGCUUUUCAAGGUUAGUCUUGUCAUGUAGAGUGCACUUAAUUAUGGAUUGAGCUUGUAGUGGAGACACAGACAUCAGUUUUGAAAUUUUAUUCAUUGUGAAUUGAUGUAAUGAAAAUCUAGUAAAACUUGGUGAGGGCCCAUCUCCUCUAAUUAUUGUUCCUUUUCAUUUUUCUUUUUCUUUCUCUCUGUUGUGCCUUGAUGCACUCCUGUAUCUUUACAGAGUAGAUGCUCCACUUUAUAAAGGUAGGGAAACUCCUCAUGCUGGCUCGUAGAGCGAUUAUUGAUUGUACAUCUACAGCAUGUAGUUCACCUCACACAGAGACCUCACUGACUUAUAAGCAUAUGCGUUUUUAUUAGUAGUACUGUAUAUUCAUUGCCAUAGCUAUCAGGUUAAACCAGAAGUUUAGCCUGCUGUCAUGCUGAGGAUCUUUUCUUGAGGUCUUUCAAGAUCUUUAAAGGCAUCUUAUAUAUAAAAGGAAAAUUUGUAUGUAUUAGUACAAGACACGUAAAAAAUAUCUCUUGGAUCUAAAUCAUGGACUGAUUUCCGUUUCUUUAGACUUUUUUCCAGAGGGGCAGCUAAUAUUAUUAUAGUGAAUUCUAACAAAAAUGAUCACUGUUUAAUACACUGUGGAAUGUUUAGGAUUAAAUAGUUGAGUAUUUAUUUAUUUUUUCUUCCCCAGUCUUUUUUUCAGCUGUGAAUAUUCAGUAGACUGUAUUUAGAGUGGCGGAAUUGGUAACCCUUCAUUGCCAGCAUCUUCUGGUCAGAGGUGAUAACGCUCUUUGCAUAUGUGUACGCGUGCGUCUGGACCCGUGUAUGUGUCGUCUGCUUACAAUGCAGCAAGUUAUGAUGUGUUUUGAACAGGUGUCGGAAUGAAAAACCAGUGAUUUUGAUUAUUAAAGCGUCUCAAGGUGUAUUAUCAACAAGAAGAAGAAGAAGAAGAAGAAAAAAAAAAAAGAGUAAUCUGUCCCAUUUUCCACACGUGUCUGUCUCAAAGUCAGUUCACAAAGCUUUUUGCGGUUAUAUUUUAAAACUGGCCACGUUUCCCUUUGUUUUAGGCUAUUCUGCUUUCUUUCCAUCCAUCCCUUUAUCCAUCUUUCUGCCUUGUGUCACAAUAGCUGAAGAAAGUGCGUGCUUGAGUAAAAGCACACGUAUAAAACUACCCCACCUGUGACUACAUUCACAGUGCAUAAUGAGCGAUGUAAUUGACUGUUACGUGAACAGCAUAAACUCAUAAAAUAACACCAUUUUUUUAAAUUACUGGAUUACAAUUGGUUCAUCUUUGAAAUAUCAGCCUUCCAUCACCAUCAGUGCGAAUAACAAUUAUAACUCCACACAUUUUGGAGCAUUUGGUGUAAAGGUCAAUUAUUAAUCCACACAUUAUCCUUAAGGAGUGUGCAUAAAUACGUGUCAUAUCCUAACUAUGUGCUCAAUUACUAUUCAUAUACUAUUAGGACCUGCUCCCCCACUGGCAUCAAACCACAAAUCACUAGUAGAUGCACAGUACUCACUGACUCACUCACUCACUUACUAAACAGUACCAAACACGCCCAUUUACAUACAUGAACACGUGCGCAGGGAAAUGUACGUUAAUACCUGAUCAUCUGAAAUGUCUAGAAGAGUUAAUGCCUUAUGCUUUGUCCUGUUGUGAAUCACAUUUAAUCUUUGCCUCUUGAUUUGUUUUUUUUAAAAGAAAAGAAAAAAAAAAGAAAUUGUCCUUAUAUUGAACAAAAAAUAUAUAUAUAUCAAAGCCGCCUAAGAGACGCUACGAUAUUUUGGCUAGACACUGAAAUUAAACUGUGAGUGUGCAUCUGUGUCACUAUUCCACAUACACUGGAACAGAGGUUUGUGUUAUUCAGUGGUUUAAAAAAAAAAAAAGUUUUGCCAAAAAGGGUGUUUAAAAAAAAAAAAAAAAAAAAAAAAAGAAGAUAAAAGGAAGAGGUAGCGUGGAGGGGAGAUGUCUGUCUCAUGAUCCACCUUGAAGAGGAGGGUCUUUCUGAUCAGGGCUGCUCCCUCAGCCUUUCCUCUCCUUUAAAACAGCUGAGUUGGUGUGCUUCAGUGGGAGAGCCGCGCGUGUCUGUGACUCUGUAGUCCUUAGUCUGGUGCUCUGUGACAAAUGUGUGAAAAAAAGAAAAAUCAAAAAAAUCUAAAGUAAUCCGUCAAAGGUGAAACUGAAUUUAAUAUUAAGUGAGGUUUUAAAAAAUAAAUAAAUGAAAAUAUAGACACACAGUACUGCUGAUAAUCAUGAAUUUGAGGUCUGCCAUCACAGUGAGAGUUUCUUUAGUUUGUUUGUUGGAUUGUGUGUGUGUGUGUGUGUAUGGAGCUAACACCACUGGCUCUUUGGACACUGGUCUAUGUUGCUCCAUCUUUUGUACAGAUGAAAAGAAAAAAAAAAGAUAAGGGAAACAUUUGUAAAAUAUUGUGUCUGUGACUCCUUGUAAAAUAUUUUCAAAUUGUUUAUUACAGAGAAUCAGUUAUUAAAUAAUGUUCAUAUUUUUCACUUCA